CCCAUUUCUCCAACAAGGGAAGAAAAGUCACUGCUUCUCUCUCUCUCUCUCUCUCUCUGUGCACGUUUGAACCACCUUUUAGAGAGAGAAAAUCAAGGCAAAGCACCCUCUUUUCUCUCCAACUCUCUUAAAAAAACAGAAAAAGAAAGAAGCAUCCAAGCUCAUGAUUUUUUAAAGAGAGAAAGCCCCAACAAAAGUAAUAGCAAAAACCCAGCAUUUUUCAUUCUCUCCGAAUUCGAACUCCUCAAUGUUUUUUUCCCAAACAGAGAUCGAAGUAGGAGAAAAAAGAUUAUGGAGUUUGUAGGUAAAUCAGUUAAUAAGAAGUUUAAUGGGUUUGGUGUCUUCAAAGGAUAUGUCAAAUCCUACGACGAGUCGUCUGGAUUCUUCGAGAUCAAAUACGAGGACGGUGAUUUCGAAGAGCUUGAUUUCUCUAAAGUUGCUUCUCUGUUAGAAGAGGAUAAAGAAGCCGCCGGUGUUUCUGCUGCCGGGCCUGUUGACCCCAAGCCUCGUUUGGGACGGAAGGUCAAGAGGCGUAGGCGUGCUGAGCCUAAGAAGCCUGAGAGCGGAGAGUCAGGUAAUUCUGGGGUUGUUGAGGCUAAUGGGUAUUUGGAUAUGAAUAGAAGUGUUGAUUUGAAUGAGUGGUUUGUCGGGGAUUUGAGGGGAAAUGUUGAUAUUAAUGUUGAUUUGAAUGAAACCCUGGAGAAAGGAAGUGGGGCUGUGGAGGAUUUGAGAGAGGGGGUUUUUGAUUUAAAUGCCGGGUUCAAUUUUGAUUUAAAUGAGGAGGAAGAGGAGGGUAAUCCCAAUCCCAAUCCUAAUUAUAAUCAUAACAAUAAUAGUAACAAUAAAAACAAUUUAAGCGUUGAUUUUGAAGGGAAGAAGAGAGGGUGUAUUGACUUGAAUUUGGAUGUGAGUGGUGAUGUGGAUGAGAAUUUUAAGGAGGUUGAUUUGGAGUGUAUAGUUGUAAAGACCCAAAAGAGGGAAUGUGGGUUUGAUUUGAAUUUGGGGAUUGAUGAGGAAAUUAAGGAUGAGAUGGAUGUUGGUUUUGAAGGGCAGAUGGAAGAGACUACAAAUUUUGAGACUCAAAGGAUGGAGGAGUUUGAGAAAAGUCAUAUCGAAAGUGCCAUUCCUAAUGGGAAAUUGCAAGGAGUGCAUGUCUCUAAUGAUUCGUGUUCGGGGUUGGUUGAGAGAAUUGAGGAGGUGAAUAUUGUUUCCUGUGAAGAUUUUAGGGCUUUUGAUUCUGUUGGACUGGUGGAUGUUAAGGAUGUCAAGGAGGAUUUUCCAGAGGUGAUUGAUUCAGCGAGUGUGUAUAAAGAGGAGAGCGGGAGUCGGAGGAGGGGGAGGAGGGGGAGAAAGCUUCCUGAUAAUUUGAAUUCUACUCCAGAAGUGACUGUUCUCUCAGAUGCUAAUGCUGUUGGGGAUGAUUCUAUGGUGGGGAGUGGUAGGCGGAGGCGCGGGAGGAGGAGAAAGCUUGCAGAUAAUUUGAAUUCUACUCCAGAAGUGACUGUUCUCUCAGUUGCUAAUGCUGUUGGGGAUGAUUGUAUGGUGGGUGGUGGUGGUCAGAGGCGUGGGAGGAGGAGAAAACUUGCAGAUAAUUUGAAUUCGAUUCCAGAAAAAAUAAUUCUCUUAGAUGCUAAUGCUGUUACGGAAGAUUGUACGGUCAGAGUUGAUGGGAACCUUGGUGAUAUUGGAAGUUCAUAUAGAGAGGUCAGUGCUAGUGCUAGAAAGAGGAGAAAAAUCUUGGAUAACGGGAAUUCAAUGCAAGAAACAACAGUCUUGAGAAGAAGUGCUCGUAGAGGGUCAGCUAAAAACAACGUGCUAAAAGAUUUAUCAAUGUCUCCUGUAGUUAGUGCAUUGACGGAGGACAAACCUGUUAAAUCACAUCAUGAAUGGCCUGAAGAGCCUGUGGUUCUUCCUCCAAAGUUGCAAUUACCUCCUUCUUCACAAAAUUUAAAUUUGAGUGGAAUUCCAGUACUUGACCUAUUCUCAGUUUAUGCCUGUUUGAGGUCAUUUAGCACUUUGUUGUUCUUAAGUCCAUUUGGGUUGGAGGAAUUUGUGGCAGCACUGAAGGGUAACUCUCCAAGUUCUUUAUUUGAUUCUAUUCAUGUUUCAAUUUUGGAAACUCUAAGAAAACAUUUGGAGCACCUUUCAAAUGAAGGUUCUGAAUCUGCUUCUAAUUGCCUGAGGAGCCUUGAUUGGGGCUUGUUGGACUUGAUUACAUGGCCUGUUUUCAUGGUUGAGUACCUCUUGAUCCAUGGUUCAGGGUUGAAACCUGGAUUUGAUCUUAGUAGAUUGAAUCUGUUCAGAAGUGACUACCACAAACAACCUGUAUCCGUGAAGUUGGAGAUGCUACAGUGUCUUUGUGAUGACAUGAUUGAGGUGGAGGCCAUUAGGUCGGAGCUUAAUAGGAGAUCUUCAGGAGCUGAACCUGACAUGGAUUUUGAUCGAAAUAUGAGUCCUGGGGCUUGCAAGAAAAGGAAGAUUGCGAUGGAUGUCUCGGGUAACUCAUGCCUAACGGAGGAUGCUGAUGAUGACUGGAAUAGUGAUGAAUGCUGCCUUUGUAAGAUGGAUGGGAAUUUAAUAUGCUGUGAUGGUUGUCCUGCUGCAUACCAUGCAAAGUGUGUAGGUGUUGCCAAUAACUCUUUGCCAGAGGGUGACUGGUAUUGUCCUGAGUGUGCAAUUGACAGGCAGAAACCGUGGAUGAAAUCUCGAAAGUUGCUUCGUGGAGCAGAGCUAUUGGGAGUUGAUCCUUACAACCGGCUAUAUUUUAGCAGCUGUGGUUACUUGUUGGUGUCAGAUGCGUGCGACUUCGAACUCCCAUUCAAUUAUUACCAAAGGGAUGAUCUUAGUGCUGUUAUUGAAGUGCUAAAGUCUUCAGAGAUGAUUUAUGGUAGCAUUUUGGAGGCUAUCCACAAGCACUGGGAUAUUCCUGUUACUUUGCACGGAGCAAGCAAUUUGAGUUCAGUAAAGCAUGCAACAAGCUUAGACAUGAGCAUACCUGCAUGUAUCUCGGCAUCUUUAGAAACAUGUGCAGCUAAAAUUGAGACUGCUGGUGGACAAAACCUGGAAAAGUUUGCUAAUAGAUGUUGUGGUCAUCUUGAUUUUGAGUUUUCAAAGUCUGUUGUGAGCCCGACAUGCAUGAGUUCUGAAGGAUCAGCUGAAACCACCCAAAUCAAGUUGGGGAACCAGAACUUUCAGAAAGGGCCUGACUGUUCUAACAGAUCUGCUGGCUUCUCAAAUGAAACUGAGAUUCCAGAAAAGUCCCCUCUCAUGGGAGACUUUUCUAUGACUUCCAACAUUUUGGAUGUUAAACAAGAAAAGAAUCGAUGUUCUCCUCCCACCAGAUGUCCUUCAUCUGCUGUAAAGGCAACAGAUGAGGUCACAUUACAGGUGCAGCCCAGAACUGAGUACAUGAACUAUUACAGUUUUGGUUAUACAUCUGCUUCAAUUGCGGAAGUGUUAUUGUCUAAAUCAUCAGACAAGACCACUGAAAACUCCAUGAAAUCAGAUGAGGAAAUGGCUCUAGCUCAGAUGAAGGUCAUUUUAAAGAAUUCCAACAGGUUCCGUUGGUCAAGUAUUCCUAGUCUAAAUGCUGAAGUCCAGAAAGAAAAAUGUGGAUGGUGCUUCUCUUGCAGAGCUACCACCGAUGAGCCAGAUUGCUUGUUUAAUAUGAGUCUGGGUCCUGUUCAGGAAGGGUCUGAAAGUGAGGUGAUCAGUCUCAAAACCAAAAGAAACAGGAAAGGCUAUCUUGUGGAUUUAAUAUGUCAUAUUCUCUUGAUUGAAGAUCGGCUUCAGGGGCUGCUACUGGGUCCAUGGCUGAAUCCACAUUACACCAAGCUUUGGCGUAAAAGCAUUCUUAAGGCAUCUGAUAUUGCAACCGUUAAACAUUUACUGCUCAAAUUAGAGGCAAAUGUGCGGCGUCUUGCACUUUCAGCAGACUGGGUGAAACAUGUGGACUCUGGUGUCACGAUGGGAUCAUCUUCUCAUAUUGUGACUGCUUCGUCACGUGCAUCAUUAAAAAAUGGGAUUAGCAGGAAAAGGGUUAGGUCCACAGAAUGUGAGUCAAAUCCUUGUGCAAAUCCUGCCAGCGGAUUGGGUAUGCUUUGGUGGAGAGGUGGUAGGCUUUCUCGACGGCUGUUCAGUUGGAAGGUUUUACCUUGCACCUUGACAUCCAAGGCUGCCAGACAAGCUGGUUGCAUGAAGAUAGCGGGCAUAUUAUAUCCUGAGAAUUCAGAUUUUGCUAAGAGAAGCAAACAUGUUACCUGGCAAGCUGCCGUUGAGUCAUCAGUGACUGUAGAACAGCUUGCUUUGCAGGUUAGAGAGUUUGAUUCAAAUAUUAGGUGGGAUGAAAUUGAGAACACUCAUCCUUUGUCUAUGUUGGACAAGGAGCUUAGAAAAUCGUUCAGGUUGUUCAAGAAGGUAAUUAUUCGCAGGAAGUGUGUAGAAGAAGAAGGGACAAAGUAUCUUCUUGAUUUUGGCAAGAGGAGAAGUAUUCCUGAAAUUGUUUUAAAAAAUGGGUCUAUGAUUGAAGAAUCCUCCAGUGAAAGGAAGAAGUAUUGGCUAAAUGAAUCUUAUGUUCCCUUUUAUCUCUUGAAAAGUUUUGAAGAGAGAAAAAUUGCUCGCAGAUCUAGUAAGAUGAAAUCUGGGAAACUUUCUGAGGCUAUUGUGUUAGUGAAGAAGCCCUUGAAGCAAAGAGGGUUUUCUUAUCUUUUUGCUAGAGCAGAAAGAUCUGAGUACCAUCAGUGUGGGCAUUGUAACAAAGAUGUUCCAAUCAGGGAAGCUGUCUGCUGUCAGAAUUGCAAGGGAUUUUUCCACAAAAGGCAUGUGAGGAAAUCCGCUGGUGCCAUCAUAGCUAAAUGUAUAUAUACAUGCCACCGAUGUCACUAUGGGAAAAAUUUGAAGACAAAUGCAAAAUCAGUGAAGACUGAAACAAAAAGAAAAAGAAAUAGCAUCAAGAGCACAAAAGUUCAGGAGCGAAAAUCAAAAAAGGCCAAUGUAGUUAGAAAUUCGGUGCGACUAAAGAACAGUAAAAAAGCUUUGAGGGGUUCACAACCACUACAAUCACGAAACAAGAAGGUUACUGUUGUACCACUACGUUGUUCAGCUAGGAAAGCUAAACAGAAAGCAUUGCAAAACAAGAAGGUUGUAGGACGCAAGAGAGGAAGACCAUCCAAAUCCAAAAAGGGGGCAAAUAAGAAACCAAAGAGAGGUACUUUGUUGCAUAAGAAGAGAACAGAUACUUGUCAUAGUUACUGGCGCAAUGGUCUUCUGUUGUCUAGAAAUUCAGAUGAUGAACGGGUGACACAUUUUAGGGAGAAAAGCCUUAUUGCCUCAUCAGAGAGUGCCAUUGAUGAUCAACCCAAAUGCCAUCUUUGCUGUGAAGCAGGAUAUACAUCUAUUUCAAAUUAUAUUUCUUGUGAGAUUUGUGGAGAAUGGUUUCAUGGAGAUGCAUUUGGACUUGAUGCGGAGAACAUAAAUAAGCUCAUUGGUUUUAGGUGCCAUGUGUGCCUUAAGAAGACUCCUCCUAUCUGCCCGCAUGCAGCAACCACAAGCCAUGAGGUUGAGAUAGCUGAGGUACAAAAUGAUGUUGGGACUGAAUUACCCAAGGAAGAGACUGAUGGUAUCGUUCAUCAAGAGGAGGAUCAUCCAGGUUCACUUCUUGUGUCUGAGUCUGUUCAUGUAGAGGGGAAAUUAGGUACUGCUCUGGAUUCAAAUCAGAGUUUUGUGUCCGAGUCUAAGUUGGAAGCAGAAAAUGGGCAUGCACUUGCAAAUGUGAUUGAGAAUACUGAUGCAAUUCAAACUUUGUACGAGAAUUUGAAACCAGAUUUACUAACAUCACCUAAUGAAAGUCAUAUGGUCGAAGAGAACACAAUUAAAUCAGGAGAUGAUGCUAUUGUAACUUCAGAUGAUGCCGCACAGCUCUCUUCCUGCAAGUUCGGUGUGGAUUUGAUAGAAACUGGAUUGGCUGCAUUGGGACCAGAUGGUGGAAAGGAUAGCUUAACAACACCCUCCCUGAAAUCACCAAUUGAUGGAUCCUUUAUAGAAACCAUGAAGAUGCAACCUCAAUCAUUCAUGGCAUCAAAUGAAUUGUAAGAUGAGAUUGAAACAAUUGUAGAUUAGGUCCACUGUAUGUCAUUUAACUGGUGAGACAGGAAAGGUAGAGCCUAGAGUUAUUUUCAAGUUCAGAGCUAACUGUAAAUCUUCUAAUGUUCUUGACAUUCAUGGCUGAAGCUUAUAAAAUACACUGAGAAGAUUCUUUGAAAACUAAAAACAAGGAGUUUAUUGGAGGAGGUAGUUUCUCUAACAGCUUUCAAUCUCUAUGAAGAUUGCUCCAUGUCAUUGCUGUCUUAUAUGAUGGAAUUUACUCAGUUCGUGCUUGGGAAGCACGUGUAGGAGCAUCUUUUACCA